GACGUGUGCUUACCGCCAGAGUCGAAACUACAGUCUCCAAAAUUGAGUCGUGAAUCUGGAGUGCCCGAUUUGCACCGAAUUUGGUGAACAAAAAUUCAGGCGUCGGUCUCAUCCUCGAUUCAAGAAUGGCGACAGAAGAUUCGGUCCGCUCGAGAGUCCCCACAGCCCAGUCGAACCCUCCUCAACCUGAGAGUCUGGACCAAAAGAGAACAGCGGAAAUUCGACGUGAAUAUGUCGAGUCAAUGAACCAAUGGCUCUGGCAAUGCUACCAUUGGCAACAGGUGAAUAUCGCCGUGACCUCAGCGAUGCUCCAUACAUCAUCUCAGGCCGGAGUCGACAUCAACCGGAACAUCGUAGUUCCCAAUCCCCCGGAUCUAAUAUACCAGGUGCGGAUACCGUCCAUUCCUAAACGCAUCGCGGCAGAGUUCAUCGACUGCGUGAUAUUGCUUGUCGCGAAGUUCCUCAUCACCUUCAUAGCUGUCGAAUAUUUCGAGCUCAUCCAACUACCAAGAUUUCAGUUCUCGCAAUUUUACGACCUCCGCAUGAUUCAGCAGGAUCUCUUCACUUACUCGGUAGCUGUGCAGAGCAUAUUCGAUAAGUGGCCGAUUUUGAUACUGGAGUUCAUCCAUCGAAUGGUCGUGAUCAUCUAUGAAACUGUAGGAGUGUGGGGAUCCGGCGGUCGAGGCCAAACGAUUGGAAAAUAUAUAAUGCAUAUCCGCGUCAUCAACUGCUCCGAAUGUGACGUGGUUGCGCCCGGGGUGCUCAGAGUGCGCGUUUCCGGUGGUGUCGGCCUGUUCUGGGCUCUUCUCCGAGCGACAAUGAAGAACUGUGGAGUAACCUUCUUGUUCCCAGUGUGCGCCACCGCCUUGUUUUUCUAUCACAAACGAGCAGUUUAUGACCAGGUCUGCAGAACGCUUGUCAUAGAGGAACUACGAGAUGGACCCAGAAUUGUGGUCAAUUGAUCGAGAGUUCGUCGAUAGAUCUCCAGAAGGAGCCGUGAUGCUUAGAUUUGUACAAAGUAUGUGAACACAAGAGAGAGGACUAGGGAGACCGUGAUGAAUAAACU